GGCCGGCUGGAGGCGCUGGUUGGGCGGCGGGGAGCGGGGUGUGAUGCGGCAAUGCGGUUCUGAGGCCGUUACUCUGGCUCCUACGGAGAGGGCGGAGAAGGAGGCUGUAACGCGGCGGUGAUUUUCUGCCAGGGCUUCCCUGAGGCGCACUGAAAAGGCUGAGGCUGGCGGGGCUCGGGAAACUGGGGGGUUAGGGACACACAUUCAAGCCCCCACCCCCUGGGAGGGGAAGGGGGCAGGCGGCGAGGCUCGGGGUCGGUGGAGGGAUGGUGUGCGGUCGGUGGGAAGGGGCGAGCCCUGCCUGUCGUUGGUGAGGGGCUGCGGGCAGGGGAGGCUCCGCGGGUCAAAGCAGCUCCAUGCCCACUGGUGGGUGAAACGUGUGGAGCGGAACGCGGAGGUCAAGUCUGACGGCCGCUCGCAACCCUUAACGUGGUAUCUAACGUGGGAUUUCGUUUAGCCCACGGUGGAUUAAUUCAUUGGGGGCAGCCUCGCUGGUCUGGCUCCUCCAGGAGCUGGGCAACCUUGACGGGCUUUUUGUCUUGCUGCUCCAACCCCUUCUCCCUUCCUCCUCCUCCUCCUCCAGAUGCCUUUUCUCUGCCCCUCCUCGCCCGGUACAGACAUUUUCAGGGCAGGCUGCUGCUCGUGGCUGCUGUCGGAGCCACUUCUCGGGAUUUCGGCUCGUUUCCCUCUGGGGUGUUUUUUGAGGAGGGAGCGUUUUUCUCCCCUCCACGAUGGGAUUUUCUUCCAGUGCCAAAAUGGACUUUCAUUGAUUUCUACUUACUUCUUCGACGUUUAGUGACCAAUUCCCUAGGGUUAUUUUUGUGGUAGUUCCUUUUUUCAAGUACAUUCUCUGUAAAAUGGAGAACGAGAUUUUUACUCCCCUUCUGGAGCAGUUCAUGACCAGCCCUUUGGUCACUUGGGUUAAAACGUUUGGACCUCUGGCUGCAGGAAAUGGGACCAACCUGGAUGAAUAUGUGGCUUUGGUGGAUGGGGUGUUCUUGAACCAAGUCAUGCUCCAAAUUAAUCCUAAAUCGGAGAGUCAGAGAGUAAAUAAAAAAGUCAACAAUGAUGCCUCACUUAGAAUUCAUAAUCUAUCCAUUUUGGUGAGACAGAUAAAAUUUUAUUACCAGGAGACUUUGCAGCAGUUGAUCAUGAUGUCAUUGCCAAAUGUCUUAAUCAUUGGCAAAAAUCCCUUUUCUGAACAAGGCACAGAAGAAGUUAAAAAGUUGCUUUUACUUUUACUGGGUUGUGCAGUUCAGUGUCAGAAAAAAGAAGAAUUUAUUGAAAGAAUUCAAAGUUUAGAUUUUGAUACAAAAGCAGCAGUUGCCGCACAUAUUCAAGAGGUAACCCAUAAUCAGGAAAAUGUGUUUGAUCUACAAUGGAUGGAAGUGACUGACAUGUCUCAGGAGGAAAUAGAACCACUCUUGAAAAACAUGGUAUUGCAUCUAAAAAGACUUAUAGAUGAGAGAGAUGAACAUUCGGAGACUAUCGUUGAACUCUCUGAAGAGCGGGAUGGUCUUCAUUUUCCACCCCAUGCCUCUUCAUCUGCACAGUCACCUUGUGGUUCUCCAGGCAUGAAGCGAACAGAAAGUCGACAACAUCUGUCAGUGGAACUGGCAGAUGCUAAGGCCAAGAUAAGAAGGCUUAGGCAGGAAUUGGAGGAAAAGACUGAACAGUUGUUGGACUGUAAACAAGAACUUGAGCAAAUGGAAAUAGAACUAAAAAGGCUGCAACAAGAGAACAUGAAUUUGCUUUCGGAUGCUCGUUCUGCAAGAAUGUAUCGAGAUGAAUUAGAUGCGCUUCGGGAGAAGGCCGUCAGAGUUGAUAAGCUUGAAAGUGAAGUUAGCAGAUACAAAGAGAGGCUACAUGAUAUUGAAUUUUAUAAGGCAAGAGUUGAGGAAUUAAAAGAAGACAAUCAAGUUUUAUUAGAAACAAAAACCAUGUUGGAAGACCAAUUAGAAGGAACUCGAGCUCGUUCUGAUAAAUUACAUGAAUUAGAAAAAGAAAAUUUACAACUGAAGGCUAAACUGCAUGAUAUGGAAAUGGAGCGUGAUAUGGAUAGAAAAAAGAUUGAAGAAUUAAUGGAAGAAAAUAUGACUUUGGAAAUGGCACAGAAACAAAGUAUGGACGAAUCAUUACAUCUUGGCUGGGAGCUGGAACAAAUAUCCAGAACUAGUGAAAUUUCUGAAGCACCACAAAAAUCCUUGGGCCAUGAGGUAAAUGAAUUGACAUCAAGUAGGUUGUUGAAGUUGGAGAUGGAAAAUCAGAGUUUGACAAAAACUGUAGAAGAGCUUCGGAGUACUAUGGAUUCUGCAGAAGGCACCACUUCCAAGAUCCUGAAAAUUGAAAAAGAAAAUCAAAGACUAAGUAAGAAGGUUGAAAUUCUUGAAAAUGAGAUUAUUCAAGAAAAGCAAAGUCUUCAGAAUUGUCAGAAUUUAAGCAAGGAUCUAAUGAAGGAGAAAGCUCAGCUUGAAAAAACAAUUGAAACACUUAGAGAAAAUUCAGAGAGACAGAUUAAAAUAUUGGAACAGGAAAAUGAACAUCUGAAUCAAACUGUGUCCUCCUUAAGGCAGCGCUCCCAGAUAAGUGCUGAAGCAAGGGUGAAAGACAUUGAAAAAGAAAAUAAAAUUCUCCAUGAAUCUAUCAAGGAAACCAGUAGCAAGCUAAGCAAGAUUGAAUUUGAAAAAAGGCAAAUCAGAAAAGAGUUGGAACAUUAUAAAGAAAAAGGAGAACGAGCAGAAGAACUUGAAAAUGAGUUACAUCAUCUUGAAAAAGAAAAUGAAUUGUUACAGAAAAAGAUAACCAAUUUAAAAAUUACUUGUGAAAAAAUUGAGGCCUUAGAACAAGAAAAUUCAGAGCUAGAAAGAGAAAAUAGGAAAUUUAAAAAAACAUUGGAUAGCUUUAAAAACCUUACUUUUCAGUUAGAAUCCCUAGAGAAAGAGAAUUCCCAGCUUGAUGAGGAAAACUUAGAACUGCGAAGGAAUGUAGAAUCUUUGAAGUGUGCAAGCAUGAAAAUGGCUCAGCUACAACUAGAAAACAAAGAACUGGAAAGUGAAAAAGAACAACUUAAGAAAGGUUUAGAGCUCAUGAAAGCAUCUUUCAAGAAAACAGAACGCUUAGAGGUUAGCUACCAGGGUUUAGAUACAGAAAAUCAAAGGCUACAGAAAGCUCUAGAAAACAGCAAUAAAAAAAUUCAGCAGUUGGAAAGUGAACUACAAGACUUAGAGAUGGAAAAUCAAACAUUGCAAAAAAACCUAGAAGAGUUAAAAAUAUCUAGCAAAAGACUAGAACAGCUAGAAAAAGAAAACAAAUCAUUAGAACAAGAGACUUCUCAACUGGAAAAGGAUAAGAAACAACUGGAGAAGGAAAAUAAGAGACUCCGACAACAAGCAGAAAUAAAAGAUACCACAUUAGAAGAAAAUAAUGUGAAAAUUGGAAAUUUGGAAAAAGAAAACAAAACACUUUUCAAAGAGAUUGGUAUUUAUAAAGAAUCCUGCAUUCGUCUGAAAGAAUUAGAGAAAGAAAAUAAGGAGCUCGUGAAAAGAGCAACUAUUGAUAUAAAAACUUUAGUUACAUUACGAGAGGAUUUGGUGAGUGAAAAACUGAAGACUCAACAAAUGAAUAAUGAUCUUGAAAAAUUAACUCAUGAGCUUGAGAAGAUAGGGUUAAAUAAAGAGCGCCUCUUACAUGAUGAGCAGAGUACUGAUGACAGAUACAAACUUUUGGAAUCAAAAUUAGAAUCCACUCUAAAGAAGUCCCUUGAAAUAAAAGAAGAAAAAAUCGCUGCAUUAGAAGCUCGAUUAGAAGAGUCCACAAAUUAUAACCAGCAGUUGCGCCAAGAACUUAAAACAGUGAAAAAGAAUUAUGAAGCUCUCAAGCAGAGACAAGAUGAGGAAAGGAUGGUACAGAGCUCUCCUCCAAUUUCUGGUGAAGAUAACAAAUGGGAGCGAGAAAGUCAAGAAACAACCAGAGAGCUUCUGAAAGUUAAAGACAGAUUAAUUGAAGUUGAAAGAAAUAAUGCUACACUGCAAGCAGAGAAGCAAGCAUUGAAAACUCAACUGAAGCAACUUGAGACACAGAACAAUAAUUUGCAGGCUCAGAUUCUUGCACUUCAGAGGCAGACAGUAUCAUUACAGGAGCAGAAUACCACUCUUCAAACACAGAAUGCCAAGCUUCAGGUUGAAAAUUCCACUCUUAAUUCCCAAAGUACCUCACUUAUGAACCAGAAUGCACAACUCCUAAUCCAGCAGUCUUCCUUAGAAAAUGAAAAUGAAUCUGUAAUCAAAGAGCGAGAAGACCUGAAAUCUCUCUAUGAUUCUCUGAUCAAAGAUCAUGAAAAGCUGGAACUUCUGCAUGAACGACAGGCUUCAGAGUAUGAGUCUCUCAUUGCUAAACAUGGAACUCUAAAGUCUGCCCACAAAAAUCUUGAGGUGGAACAUAAAGACCUUGAAGAUCGUUACAAUCAGUUACUGAAACAGAAAGGACAAUUGGAAGAUUUGGAAAAAACACUGAAAGUAGAACAGGAAAAAAUGCUGCUUAAAAACAAAAACCAUGAAACUGUAGCUGCAGAAUACAAGAAACUUUGUGGUGAAAAUGAUAGGUUGAAUCAUACAUAUAAUCAGCUUUUAAAAGAGACUGAAGUUUUACAAACUGACCAUAAAAACUUGAAAAGUCUUCUAAAUAGUUCCAGACUGGAACAAACAAGAUUAGAAGCUGAAUUUUCAAAGUUAAAGGAACAAUACCAACAACUGGACAUCACCUCCACCAAGCUAAAUAACCAGUGUGAGUUGCUAAGCCAACUUAAAGGAAAUUUAGAAGAGGAAAAUCGACAUCUACUAGAUCAAAUUCAGACAUUAAUGCUACAGAACAGAACACUAUUGGAGCAGAAUAUGGAAAGCAAGGAUCUUUUUCAUGUUGAACAAAGACAGUACAUUGAUAAGUUAAAUGAAUUAAGACGACAAAAGGAGAAAUUAGAAGAGAAAAUUAUGGAUCAAUACAAAUUUUAUGACCCAUCUCCUCCUAGAAGGAGAGGCAACUGGAUUACUCUAAAAAUGAGAAAAUUGAUAAAGUCUAAGAAAGACAUUAAUCGGGAGCGUCAGAAAUCACUAACAUUAACACCAACCCGGUCAGACUCCAGUGAAGGAUUUCUUCAACUCCCCCAUCAAGAUAGUCAAGAUAGUUCUUCAGUAGGUUCAAACUCUUUAGAAGAUGGCCAAACUCUGGGGACCAAGAAAAGCAGCAUGGUUGCACUGAAAAGACUGCCCUUUUUGAGGAACAGACCGAAGGAUAAAGACAAAAUGAAGGCCUGCUACCGUCGUUCCAUGUCCAUGAAUGACCUGGUGCAGUCCAUGGUCCUAGCAGGAGGACAGUGGACAGGUAGUACUGAGAAUUUGGAGGUUCCUGAUGAUAUUUCAACGGGUAAAAGGAGAAAAGAAUUGGGAGCUAUGGCCUUCUCUACUACAGCCAUCAACUUUUCAACUGUCAACUCUUCUACAGGCUUCAGAUCCAAGCAGUUGGUUAAUAAUAAAGAUACUACAUCCUUUGAAGACGUAAGUCCACAAGGUAUUAGUGAUGAUUCUAGUACGGGAUCAAGAGUUCAUGGAAUACAGGACAUUAACUGUGCAGAUGCUCAUAUUCCUCCUGUUCGUGGCAUCUCUGCAAUGUGCAGGGUUCCUUGUCUGAUCUGUUCUUCGAGACCAGCCAGCCUUGAUAGUGGCAGAACAUCCACUAGCAAUAGCAAUAAUAAUGCUUCACUCCAUGAAGUCAAAGCAGGUGCAGUUAAUAUCCAAAGCAGGCCACAAAGCCACAGCAGUGGAGAAUUUAGCCUGCUUCAUGAGCAUGAGGCGUGGUCCAGCAGUGGUAGCAGUCCAAUCCAAUACUUGAAAAGACAGCCCAAAUCAAGUCCAGUGCUCCAGCACAAAACACUAGAGAGUCGAGCACAUCACAAGGUCAAAACUGGUUCCCCUGGAAGUGAAGUUGUUACUCUACAACAGUUUUUGGAAGAAAGCAACAAGCUUACCUCAAUACAGAUAAAGCCCUCAAGUCAAGAGAAUCUUUUAGAUGAAGUAAUGAAAAGUUUGUCUGUCUCUUCUGACUUUUUGGGAAAAAACAAACCAGUUAGCUGUGGUCUGGCCAGGUCAGUAAGUGGAAAAACUCCAGGAGACUUCUAUGAUAGACGGACAACUAAGCCUGAACAAUUUGUGAGACCUGGUCCUCAAAAGACUGAAGAUACCUAUUUCGUUAGUUCUUCAGGAAAGCCUACACUAGGCACUCAAGGAAAGAUAAAAGUAGUAAAAGAAACUUCUCUGUCACGACAAUCAAAAGAUAGUAAUCCCUAUGCCACUUUACCUCGUGCAAGCAGUGUGAUCUCUACUGCUGAAGGAACUACCCGAAGGACAAGCAUCCAUGACUUUUUGACCAAGGACAGUAGACUACAUAUGUCAGUUGAUUCACCACCAGCUACUGCUGAUAGCAGCAUCACUGCAACAUCUAAUGUGGACAAAGUACAAGAAAGCAGAAAUUCAAAAAGCAGGUCUAGGGAGCAACAAAGCUCCUAAUUCUAUUACCCACUACAUGACAUGUGGGCCAAGUGAGAGAAAAGUGUCCUUCAGUUUCUCAGUGUGAAGCCUUUAUUUCUGAAGUAACAAGACACCCAACUAUAGGAAUCACUUUUUAAAAUCUUUAAGACUUUAACAAUCCUUCGUGACUAGAGCAGGAAAGAAAUACAAACCUUCAUUCCUUCCUUGAAUCAAGGAGCACUACUGGAGUCAACUGCCAAAAUUUUUAGAAGGUUUUGUGACUUACCGUACAUUGUACUGUUAAGAUCUACUGAAUAAAGGAUGUUCUCUCACUAAGGACCAAGUGUUUUAAGGUUUCAAGAAGUACUCCAAGAACAAUAUACUUCUUUCAUCAUUUGUUUAUGAAUUUAUCCAUGUUUGCUUAAUGCUUCUGCUAAGUAUUAGUCUAAAUCUAGCCAUUUAUAUUUAGUUGUGUAAACCUAAAUUAAAUGCUGUAGUAUGUUGUGGGAUGUACUAUAUAUCAAGAUACAGAGAACAUUGUUUUGGCAUGUCAGAGCCUUAUUUGGUUAGCAGACUGCAUGUGUUGGUAUUCUUUUUUUUUUUAAGCCAAUUAUUUUGAUGCACUGCAAAAUAAAUUCAGUUUAUGAGAUAACUCUGAAAAAUCCAUAAGAUAGGAGUUAUAAAAAAUUUACAGUGAUAUUAAUCUUUCCGUAUUCCCCACUAGCAACACUAAGCAAUUCACACAUGGAUCUAAGGUAAUUAAAGUGUGUUUUUCUGAAACUUUUUUUUAGUAAGGUGGUUUUCUAGCAAAUGGCAUUCCCAAGAUAAAGCUGUUGUGUUUGAACUCAUUUCCCUCCUUUAGUACUGGGUUAUGUAUGUGUUUGUUUUUUAACUUGAGAGCUGACUGUUGCUUAAGAAGUUUUCUUAUGGCAAAAAUAAUGUAAAUAAUUUACUAUGAUCUGCAUUUUGCCAGGAACUCAUUUAUUAUUAAGGUUAUCACUUAUUAAUAAAAAUUUUUCUGUUUUUGUCCU